AUGUGUCAGUUUGUCUAUGAGGAUUCUGUCUCAUAUGUCUUUUCCUUGUCAGUCAACGUGGUGGACUUCUGCGGCCAGACAAUCCGUGGUGAUGGCAUGAUCGUCAACUCACACCAGGAAUCCAAGAAGUACUACUUUGUGACCAUGGGGACCGACUGUCACCUCACCAUGCAGGCAAGCUCCCCUAAAGACAAGGUCCAGUUCCACUUCCGCUUCUUCCUGGUCUACAGUUUGCUACGAGUGGCCCCUCUGAGCCCGGCCCCUGCCUUCCCAGAGUCCCCUCGUGGCUCCGCACCUCUCAACCCCAGACUGGAGCCCACCUCUGGUGAAAGCUCGGGGGACCCGUGUCAUGCCGGCUCAUACGUUCAGUUCUAUGACGGACGGGACAGGAGCUCGCCUCCCCUCGGGCCUCCUCUUUGUGGGAAGAGCCCGCCCCGGCCAGUGCUAUCCACAGGAAACUACCUGACCCUGAGGCUGGUGACCCGGGGGACUCAGCCCAGAGUCGACUUUGUGGGGGACUUCACCUCCUUCAGACUGGGUCCAUGUAGCAGUGAGCCCUAUUUCACCUGCAGGAAUGGGAAGUGUAUCCCACUCGGUCUGGUGUGCGAUGAUAAAGGCAUUGACAACUGUGGUGAUGGGAGCGACUUGGAGGAGAACCUGACGACAGGUUGUAAAGGUCAGCUUUUACUUCCUGAACCUCCACUGGCAAUAACAACCCCACCACCACCAUUUGUGAAUCCACCCACAGUGCCGAUUCCUUCGCAUAUGAACUGUGGCAUUCCAGGCAGCGCUCCCAGUCAUGAGUCAGUAACAGACUCCCCAGUCUCCCUGUCCCUGUUGGUGCUCUACAUCCUCCUGGGUGUGGUGGCGGGUAGCGUGGUGCUCUGCUGGUGCUGCUGGUCACCUGGCUGGUUCCUGUGGCGUGUCAGCAUCUGUCGCUUCUUACCCUGCUGCAACUCGGCCUGCGCCUCCUGCCACGUCUGCACCCACAGCUGCACACACAGCAAGGAGCACCGACUGGCCAAAGUCACGCCACACACGCCCAUCAACGUGACCUCGACAAGCGCAGCCGCCGCCACCAACAGUGCCGAUGAAAAUGUUACAAUGGCAGUUGUUUAG